AUGAAUGGAAAGCCUUGUGUUCCAAUCAUUAAUGAUCAAAUCUUUCCCAAAUUCUUGCAAGAAAUUACUUGGUACGUGGGCCUCAACCUGGGAAAAAUUAAUAUAAAGCGGUUUAUUGAUGUGGAUGACAUGAUUGACACAGCAGGAACAACUGCAAAAGAAAGGGAAACAAUGAGAGAAAUUCAGAAAAUAGGAAGAGGAAGAAGUGAAGGCAUGAAGCUCAGGCGUAUUGAGCCCAAGAUUCCUUGCAAACAUAGGAAGUUGAUAUUGAAGUAUGCGCACAAGUAUCGACUGGGACUUUGGAGACCUAGAGCUGAGGCUGUGAAAUCCUAA